GAGGGGUACAGGCUUCAGCGGAGGAGGAAAUAUCCUGUUACUCUUUACUCUGUCGGAUUUUCUCGUGACGCGGGCUGAGUUGAGACGGAGCUCGCGCCACUACACGGGCUGAGUUGAAACGGAGCUCGCGCCACACUUCCUCAAGUUCCUGACCGGAUAACUCGACUCACGCCACACUACACGUCCGUCGUCGAGGCGGACCACUUACCCGUGCUUUAAUCCACGUUAAUAUGGAGCCUGCGUCUACAAAAAAUACAUAUUAUAUCCUCGCUUCAGGGCAAAGGCAGUCCAUUUGAAGAGGUUGGGCUUUUAUUCACAGUGCCAAUAGAAUAGUUAUUCUUCGGGAAAAUGUGUUUUUCUUCCGUGUGGAGACGUCGACAGCCUCUGGAGAGGUAGGCUUACACAUGGCUUCAACAAAAAGGCUAAUAUGGUGGAUGCGUAGAGCAGCCCAGAGCUGAAGAUGGCUGGAACACACACAAUGGGGUCAUUGUCAAGAUGGCACCAAUCCAAUUUGCCAGUUAUUAUGGGAGUAGUAGUCCUCUACCUGCUGCUGUUUUCUGCCUGCUUCGGACAAGACACAGACGAUUGGCAAUAUGAGGAAUGUAAGCUCUCUCGCUCGGGUCCCCCGGCGACUAUUGUGGCCAUAGAUGAAGAGAGCCCAAAUGGCACGGUGUUGGUGGAGAACCUGCAGAUCAACGGCGUGGCGGAGGGGCCGGGCCAGACCAUCUCCCUGUCUCUGAGGGACAACGGGGAGCACUGGGUGAUCCUGGACCCCGGCCGGCAGGCCCUGUACCUCAACAGCACCGGCCGCGUGCUGGACCGAGACCCCCCCUCCGCCAUCCAAUCCCUGGUGGUGCAGGUGCAGUGUACUAACGCGCUUGGCACAGUGAUCCUGCAUGAGGUCCGCAUCGUGGUGCGCGACCGCAACGACAACGUGCCCAGCUUCCAGCAGCCACGCUACUACGUCUCCGUCAAUGAGCUGACCCCAGUAGGAACCACCAUCUUCUCUGGUUUCUGGGGGAACAAUGGAGCGACGGACAUCGAUGACGGACCCAAUGGACAGAUAGAGUACACCAUCCAGUACAACCCCAUUGACCCGACGGCCAACCGUACCUUUGACAUCCCCCUGACUCUGGCGGGCUCGGUGGUCCUGAGGGAGAGGCUGAACUACGAGGAGAGCACCCGCUACCUGGUCAUCAUCCAGGCCAACGACCGCGCCCCCUCCCCCAGCCCCCGGCGGACGGCCACCACCACCCUGACGGUGGACGUGCUGGACGGGGACGACAUGGGGCCGAUGUUCCUGCCCUGCACCCUGGUGGGCCACACCCGCGACUGCAGCCCCCUCACCUACCGGGCCAACGUCCUGGAGCUCACCCACCCCGAGAGGGUUAACCCAGUCAACGUGACUCCACCCAUCCAGGCCGUGGACCAAGACCGGAACAUCCAGCCUCCUUCUGAUAGGCCGGGAAUCCUGUACUCAAUCCUCAUUGGUAAGCCAGAGUCGUAUGUGGAGUACUUCAGUCUGAACAGCACCACAGCAGAGCUCGUGCUGCUUAACCCAAUCGACAGAGAACUGCACCGCAGGUUCGACCUGGUCAUUAAGGCUGAACAGGACAAUGGUCAUCCUCUCCCGGCGUUCGCCAACCUCCAGAUCGAGGUGUUGGACGAGAACAACCAGGCGCCGUACUUCCUGGAGACGGGGUACCAUGGUUACGUCAGCGAGGCGUCCCCGGUGGGGGCGACGGUGGCGUUGGACCCGGGCCUCUCGGCGCCGCUGGCUCUGGUGGCGCUGGACAACGACGUCGAGGAGACCAGGGACCCUCAACUCCAGUACUCGGUGUCGGAGGGCCAAUCCUCUGUGUUCUCUGUGACUUUGGCGGGCCUCCGGAGGUACCUCACCCUGCUGCAGCCCCUGGACCGCGAGACCCGCCACACUUACACCUUCCAGGUAACAGUGUCCGAUGGCGUACAGGAGAGUCUCCCGGUUACCGUGACGAUAGAGGUUCUGGACGCCAACGACAACACCCCGACGUUCUCCAACAUCUCCUACCAUGUCAACCUGUACACAGACAUGCUGCCUGCAGACGCCUUCCUGCAGCUCUCUGCAGUAGACGAGGAUGCAGGUUCUAACGGGGAGGUGAUCUAUCGCAUCCUGGCAGGCGACCGGGGACACUUCGUCAUCAACCAAACGACUGGGGUCAUCACUGUGGCCAAAGGAGUCAGUCUUGCGGUGGGUCGGAGCUACGCCCUGACUGUUGAGGCCAUGGACAGCUGCGAGGAACCCAACACAAGGUCAUCGAUCACUACGGUGUACAUUGACGUCUUGCCCCCUAACAACCAGAGUCCUCCCCGUUUCCCGCGGCAACAGUUCAGCCUGGAGAUCAGUGAGGCUAUGAGGACCGGAGCCACCCUGCUGAAUCUACAGGCAACGGAUCGUGAGAGCGACCCCAUCACCUACAACAUUUUGAGUGGGGACCCUCACGGCCACUUCACCAUUCAACAGGGGCCAGGGCUGCUGGUUCUGGGGAAGCCGCUGGACAGGGAGACCCUGGACCACUACACCCUGGUGGUCGCGGCCUCAGACGGACGUCCCUCUGGGACUUCCACAGCGACGGUGGACGUCAUGGUAACCGAUGUCAACGACAACGACCCGCUGUUUGAUCUCUCGCUGCCGGUCAACCUAAGCGUCAGCGAGGGACGAGAGAACGCUUACGUUGGACGGGUCAAGGCUCUAGACCCAGACCUGGGCUCCAGCGGACAGGUGUUCUACCGGCUGGUCAACCUCCAGAGCCUCUUCUCCAUCAACGCCAGCGGAGCCAUCAGCACCUCCGCACCCCUGGACCGAGAGCUGAAGGGUCACUAUGAUCUGGUGGUGGAGGUGUGGGAUGGGGGCGCAGACCCGCGGCGCUCCAGGCUGGCGCUGUCCGUUACCGUGCUGGACGUGGACGACAACAGCCCCGUGUUCACCCAGCAGGCCUACGAGGUGGAGCUGCCCGAGAACAGCCCCAGGAACACCGCCAUACUGCAGCUACAGGCGACCGACACCGACCUCGCCGCCACCCUCACGUACCGGAUCAGAGCCAACAGCUCGGACCCACGGGUCAGCCAGCUGUUCCAGGUGCACCCGUCCAGCGGGCUGCUGUCUGUGCUGGAGGAGCUGGACUACGAGAACACCCCGGAGCACUCCUACACCUUCACCGUGGAGGCGCUGGACACUGGGGGGACCAUGCCCGCCGGGCUGGCCUCGGUCACCGUCCACAUCAUGGACAUGAACGACUUCCCUCCAGUGUUCAGCCGGUCAGCGUACCGCGGCAUGGUCGCCCCCAACGCUGUAAAGGGAACCAUCGUUACCAAGGUGACGGCCACUGACUCUGACCCUUCGGGUACUCCUGCGGGGAUGGUGCGCUACAGGGUAGAUCAGCAGGCUCAUCUCUACUCCUCCAGUAUCUUCGACGUGGAGGAGACCACUGGAAACGUGGUGACCAGAGUCAACCUCAACGAAGAGCCGAAUCUCAAGUUCAGCUUGGUGGUUGUUGCCUAUGACGAUGGCGAGCCUGUGAAGGAGAACAGGACUCUAGUGGAGGUGACGGUGUUGCAGCCCUCCUCAAUCCCAGUCUUCACCCAGGAAGAGUACAGGUUCCCUCCAGUGAGCGAGCAGGCCCCUGUAGGGACCGACGUCGGAGCCAUACUGGCCGCCGCUGUCAAUCAAACCAUUGUGUAUUCCAUCGUCGAGGGCAACGACGAAGGUGUGUUUGUGUUGAACUCCACCUCUGGGGUCCUCUGCACUGCCAGACCCCUGGACUAUGAGGCCAACAGCAGCUUCAUCCUGCAGGUGGAGGCCCACUCCCUGGAGGUGGUCUCCUCCAACCUCCGCGCACCCUCCAGGGUGAACACGGCCAGGGUGCUGGUGGAGGUGGGCGAUGAGAACGACCACGCCCCCGUGUUCUCCAGAGACGUCUACCUGGGAGGAGUCACCGAGGACGCCAAGACCUUCACCUCAGUGCUGCAAGUACAGGCCGUGGACAGGGACACGGGAAACUACAGUACAAUGCUGUACCACCUGAUCAUCCAGCCGCCAGCGGGCAAGGAGGCGAGGGACAGCAAGGACGGCUUCGUGAUGGAGCCUCUCAGCGGCCUGCUGAAGACCGCCAUCAUGUACCGCAACAAGCGCCGCCACCACUUCAAGUUCAAAGUGGUCGCCACCGACGACUACGGCCGGGGCCACAGCAGCACGGCGGAGAUAGUGGUAUCAGUGGUGAACCUGCUGGACAUGCAGGUGAUUGUAUCAAACAUCCCCCCCACGCUGGUGGACAAAAACAAGGACAUACUGCUAAGCAUCCUGGAGAGCUACGUCCAGGAGCAGAUCCCGGGGGCCAAGGUCCUUGUGGAGUCCAUCGGGCCCCAUCGCCACGGCGACGGCCUGGAGCAGGAGGACUACUCCAAGUCUGACCUGAUGGUGUACGCUAUCGACCCCCUCACCAACCGGGCGGUGUCCCGACAGGAGCUCCACAAGUUCCUAGACGGUAAACUGCUGGACAUCAACAAGGACUUCCAGCUCCACCUGCCGCCCGGGGGACGCAUCCUGGAGAUCCGGACCCCCGACGUGGUGACCGGGGUCCGCAAGGCGACCCAGACGGUGGGCUACACCGAGGGGGCGCUGCUGGCCCUCGCUGUCAUCAUCAUCCUCUGCUGUGUGCCCGCCAUCCUGGUGGUGAUCGUCACGUACCGACAGUUUAAAGAGCGCCAGGAAGAAUGUGCCAAAACCGCCCGUAUCCAGAUGGCACUGCCAUCGGGCAAACCCGGUCGCGGCACAGCGAACAACCUCUACGAGGAGCUGGGGGACAACGCCAUUCAAAACCGGUCCGUGUGCGGUGGUGGGGGCGGCGGCAGUGUGGGCAGCCUGGAUGAAGGCGACCGCCAGCGACUGCUGUCGGACUUCGCCACGCGGGCCAUCGCCACGCACCGCCAGUGCACCGCCAACGGGGGCGUCCUCAACAACCUGCCCAAGUCCGAGUCCAACAUCACCUUCCUGUCCGACGAGAACCCCCUGAAGACCAAGAACCCUCUGUACCACGAGGACGGCACCCUGAGCAGCCCCGAGUGCCGGGGCCGCAGCCGCCGCAGGAGGGACCUCCUGGGGACCUUCGGGGAACCCACCAGGAAGGGCCUCCGGGGCGCCUGGCGGAGGUUCGGCUCCCUCUCCGGGGGGGACCUCAGCUUCGCGGGGGGCCACAGCCUCAGCGACAGCGUCAGCGGCUGGGGCGCCGGUGGCGGCCACAGCUGGACCCUGCCCUCCAGGCUCCACCGGCGGGAGGUGUUUGACGGCCUGCACCGGCAGGUGGUCAUGGACCCCGUGCAGUGGGAGCUGGAGAGGCUCAAGGCGGAGCUGGGCGAGAGCAAAGACGCGGGGAUGGACUCCGGCUUCGACCGCGGGCUGGACUCGGACCUGCUGGUGGGCAGUCCCGGCCAGGAGCCCAAGCUGUCGGUGAAGGAGCAGGCCCGGCACUUUGAGCAGCAGGCCCUCCAGGAGAAGAGGCUGAGGCAGUGCCGCGACUCCCGGGGGUCCCUGUCGGAUAUCAUCCUCGCCUCGUUCCCGGAUUCCCCCCAGCAUCAGUGGCGAGACUCGCCCACCCACCGGCCCUGCCCAGGCCCGGGGAGGGAGGGCCCCCCGAGUAUUGUCGUCACCCAGAAUGACGAGGAGGAGACCCCCCCGCCCAGCCACAAGCCCACCCCUCCCGUGCUGCGGCGCUUCGGGGCGAGCAUGACGGCCGGCAAGAGCCCCGAUGAGAGGUUCCAGGUGCACCUGGAGGUCAUCCCCGAUCCUCCCUGCACGCCUCCUCCUCCGCCUCCUUCUUAUUCCCCGCCUCCCCAUCCCUCAUCUCCUCCACCCCCCUGCCCCUCUACCCCUCCCUCCUCCGCCUCCCCACCACCCCCUCCUCCUCGUCCUCCCGCGACCACGUCGUCCCACACAAAUCACGUGGAUUCCGUGCCUGCCGUCCAAGCCCCUCGCCCUCCCUCUCCCCCUCCUCCCCCUCCCCAUCCUCCUCCCCCGCCGCCGCCUCCCCUCCCUGGCCACCUGUCGCCUCCGCGGCACCGCCCCUCCCCCUUCGUCCUGCCCCCCCUGACGGAGGCCCCCGCCCUGCGGCCCGUGUCCCUCCGCGCUCCCCCUCCGCCGCUGCCCUCGGCGCAGGAGGAGGAGCCGCGCCGGGAGCGCAAGGGCAUCCUGAAGAACAUCCACAACAUCGCCGCCAUCGAGAAGUCCGUGGCCAACAUGUUCAGCCAGAUCGACCAGAAGCCGGUCCCCCUCAAGCGAGCCAUGAAGGGCCAAGCCUCCAUAGACUCCCUGGACGUGGUGAUAGAAAUGAGUGUAGGCGAAGGAGGCGGUGGAGAAGGAGAAGGAGGAGGGGAUGACGCUGGGAGAGAAGGCGAAGGGGUAAGAGGAGGAAUGGCCGAAGGAGAGGCAGAGACGGUGCCGUUGCCUCCUCAGAUCCAGCCCACUGGAAACAUGAACUCCAUCAUGAAGGAACUGGAGAAGCGCUUUCCUUCUCAGUCUACGGUGCUCUAGUCUUGCUCUAUCUCUCGCUCUCUCUUUCUUUCUCACUGCUGCGUAAUCUGCUCUACCUCUCUGAUGGGGGAAGCACUCGAUGGUAGACUGUCCAGAAGGUGUUUCGUUCGUCUCUACGGGGAUGUCAAGCUUAAAUCGGCACUUUGGAUCCGUAAUGAUGGCUGCUCGCAAUUCCACGUUUACGUUUUUGGUUUUAAUUUUAUAAAGGAAACAAGGAUUUCUACUUGGUAGAAGGUGAACAAGGCCCCAUUUUGGAGUGGAGCAGCACUGCAUGUGUUUUUGCUACUUGCCAGUUCAGUAUUUCAACUUCAUCCAAUUUUAAUCCCAAGUGAUUCUCAUAUUUCUUUGGCAGGCAGUUUAUCAAAGGCCUCCUCCGUCACAUACACUGGCCUUGCUUAACCAUUCUCAUUUCAUUUCAUGUUAUUCAUCCUUUAAUCGAGACCCAGAAGUGAGUCAACAUAGUGUUAUUUGCUAGUAUAACUCAGCAUCACAUGAGACAAUGAGUUAUGAUCCAUGACAGUGAAGUGGCUGCUAUGCUACAGUUUGUUUCAGAGUAGUCCCAUUGGGGUUUUAAAACACAAGGCCAAGAUCAAAGAUGCCUGACCAGGAGCACAUUUUUAUAAAAACUGCCCAAAGGUAACACUAUGAAGUUAAAGAGUAGUGCAUUUAUAAGAAUUAUAGUCAAAACUAAGCCUAGUUUGAUUUUGCGUCCCUUUCAUCAUAGUUGGGAUAAUAAUUGCUAACAAGCCUGAACAAAAAAGGCAAGAAAACAAAUCCCUCAUAAACCUGAUGAUAAAAAGAACUGUAACUGUGAUGAUAGAAACAGUAAGUGUAGAAAUUGAUUCUUCUUUACAGGGUUGCUUUUAGCUUUUUGUAUUCUGAGCUGCUGUCUGUGUUUUAGUCAACCUAAAAAGCCCAAGUCAGUUUUAAGUUUUGUACCGGGAGUGGUUUUGAAAAACAUUAAAGAAAAUAACGAUAGAAAAUAAUAUAAUCAUUUUUAGAAAAUAGCAGAUUGUUCCCCUGUAAUGCUUCAUAAAACAUUUACUUUGAAGAUAAGUACAGCGAAAACAAGUGAAUCAUGUUGCUAAUGCAUAAUCAUUAGUUUGUGUUUUGCCAAACCAAAUUAAUCAUCCUUGCUGAGUAUUUCUAGAUAGCUGAGCAUUUUACUUCAAUCAUAAAUAUGCAUGUUAUUUUGUGUUUUUUGUUGAAUUACUCCAUCUUCCUUUGAUGUGUUUUCGUUAUUAUUAUAACUGUUAUUAUAAUUUAUAUCUAAUUCUAGCUUCUGUUUUAUUUCUUUCAUUAUAAUCUCAAAUCUGUGUUAUAUAUCCUUUUAUGUGUCGCCUGCAUUUUCUUUUGCAUUCAACCGUCAUUCUUCGUGGGGAUUCUUUAGCAGCAAUUGAGUGAAAACGUUUGAGGAACUUUAGAAAGUCUCAGAUUUAUAAAGUAGUUUUGCUGGGAAGAAAAUUUGGGAAAUUAGUAUCAGUAUUAUUAGCAUUAGUUGUUUUUUUAAUAAAAGUGGUGCUAAUCAAAACGAUCUAACAUAAACAUA